AUGCACUGCCGCCUGCUCGCCACCAAUAUUCCUCUGCACAUCACUGCAGAGGAGUUUUACGACUAUGUGCGUGCCCAUUCAAGUGGUGACGCGGUGGUUAAUGCGUUGCUCAUCACGCGACCUGGCGACAACGGGGCUGCGGCUCCUGGUAUUAGGAAGGGGCCAGCAAAGCGGAAAAGAGCUGCGGAAAACCCCUUUGUAUCUUCAGGCGCAGCGCUAAUUGACUACGAAACAAAAGCCGCCGCUGAUGCAGCUCGGCGUGUGGACUUUUUAGUGGGAGACACUGUUGUUAUGCUCAACGUCGUUGGCUCGGUUGCCGUUUCUGGACAGCGUGAGUGUGAGAAGGAGGGACGCAAGGCGUAUGAACAACUGCGGUGCGGCAUACGUGAUGACAACUUUGACUCAGCAGGAGGUCGAAAGCGACCGCCUCCCAAUGUUGAAGCCGCCGUCCAUGAGAUGGAGGUUCGACUGGUUGGCAUACCAACACAUUUAUAUGGAAACUUUCUUGGAGGCAUUGGAGAAAUUGUGCGGAAGGAGGGACCGAGGGGCGAGGAGGAGGUGGGUGGGUCGGAUCCCUCCGUUGCAAGGUUUGGCUCUGCGGUGGUGCUGCGGUCGGUUGCCGACCUCUUCUUCGAUGUUGCUCUUGCGAUUCGGCAUCUGACGAUGGGGGAAAUGUUGUCAUUGCGUCGUGUAUGUGAUGAUGAAGCGCUCAUUACUGUUCCCAGAGCAGUUGGAAUCCGGCUUCUUGAACUAGCUUCAGAGGGUCACGGCCUUCAAGUAACUGUCGCGGUUGGUGAAGAAGAACAAAACGGUUGGAAGGUUACCGAACAAUCUCAGUGCGUUAGCUAUUAUUUAUCCGUGCACAAACCCCGUGCGCAGGUGAUGGUGGAUGGUGAGAACCUACAAUUGGUGAAGAAGCAUGAGGUAUUGCGCAGCAUGGCAAACAUGAUGGAACACACCAACGCAAAAGUGGCAGGAUUCGUCGACCCGUUUGGUAAUGUCCUUAUUCCUAGACAAUGA